UGCAAUUGGUUUGUAUGGCAAUAUACUACUAAGAUGAAUACGUUGUCUAGCCGUCAGACGGCGGCGGCCGAGGCAUCUACCUCGGCCUCCCGUAGGUUGCCCACGCAAGUGCGCCGUUGCUCGGUGAAGUGCGCUGCUAGUAGUUCACCUAGCUCUGUGAAAGAGGUUACGCUUUUAGAUUAUGGAGCUGGUAACGUGCGGAGCGUGCGCAAUGCCAUCAAGAAGCUUGGAUACACAAUCCGCGAUGUCGAGACGCCCGCCGACCUGGAUUCCGCCUCUCGCCUGGUGUUCCCGGGUGUGGGCAGCUUCGGUCAGGCCAUGCGCAUCCUGGAGCAGAAGAAGCUCGUCGGGCCGCUCAAGGACUACAUCCAGUCGGGUCGGCCCUUCCUGGGCAUCUGUCUGGGCCUGCAGCUGCUGUUCGAGGGCAGCGAGGAGAGCGGCGGCUGCGAGGGCCUGGCGCUCAUCCCGGGGGCGGUGACCCAGUUCGACACCAGCCUGGGGCUGCCGGUGCCGCACAUCGGCUGGAACAACAUCGCACCGACCCGCGGGUCGGACCUGCUGGACGGAGUGGGCGACCGCCGAGUGUACUACGUGCACUCAUACAGGGCCACUCCCUCCCCCGCCAACUCCGAGUGGGUGCUGGCCACCACGCAGUACGGCGGGGAGUUCGUGGCGGCGGUGAACCGCGGGUCGGUGUCCGCCGUGCAGUUCCACCCCGAGAAGAGCGGCGCCACCGGGCUAGACAUUCUGGCGGGUUUCCUGCAGCCUGAGGAGGCCCGCAAAACCCGUGCGGCAGCAGCAGCAGCGGCAGCGGGCAGCAGCAGCAGCAGCAGCUCCUGCUGCGGCUCCUCCCCCGCCCCCCCCUCCGUGUCGGGCCCCCGGGGUCUGGCCAAGCGUGUGAUCGCCUGCCUGGACGUGCGCUCCAACGACCAGGGGGACCUGGUGGUCACCAAGGGCGACCAGUACGACGUGCGCGAGAAGGCGGGCGAGCGCGACGUGCGCAACCUGGGCAAGCCGGUGGACCUGGCUGCGCGCUACUUCGAGGAGGGGGCGGACGAGGUGGCCUUCCUGAACAUCACGGGGUUCAGGGACUGUGUGCUGUCCGACCAGCCCAUGCUGGAGGUGCUGCGGAGGGCCUCGGAGCGGGUCUUCGUGCCGCUCACGGUCGGCGGCGGCAUCAAGGCGCUCCAGGACGCCAGCGGGCGCUCCUUCUCCGCGGUGGACGUGGCGGCCGAGUACUUCAGGUCGGGUGCGGACAAGGUGUCCAUUGGCAGUGAUGCGGUGGACGCGGCGCAGGCGUACUACGCUCGCGGCGGUGUGCCGGACGGCAGUACGGCAAUCGAGCAGAUCAGCGAGGUGUACGGCAAGCAGGCUGUGGUGAUCUCCAUCGACCCCCGUCGCGUGUACGUGUCCUCCCCCGCCGCCACCCCGCACGCCACCGUGCACACCGCCCGGCCCGGACCCAACGGCGAGCAGUACUGCUGGUGGCAGUGCACCGUUAAGGGCGGUCGUGAGGGUCGCGAGCUGGGUGCGGUGGAGCUGGCUCGGGCGGUGGAGGCGCUGGGGGCGGGCGAGAUCCUGCUCAACUGCAUUGACAACGACGGAGUGGGGCAGGGUUUCGACCUGGAGCUGGUGGACGCGGUGUCGCGCGCCGUCACCAUCCCCGUCAUCGCGUCCUCGGGGGCGGGCGCGCCGGCGCACUUCUCGCAGGUCUUCCAGCGCACGGGCGCGGCGGCGGCGCUGGCUGCCGGCAUCUUCCACCGGCGGGAGGUGGGCAUUGCGGAGGUGAAGCAGCACCUGGCGGAGCAGGGCAUACCCACGCGGCUGUGAGGGGGGAAGGGCUUUGGCAGGGGCGUGGUGAGGCGGGAAGAAGGUGCAGAGCGAAGGGGUGGAGCGACGAGGGGCGCAGAGUGAGGAGGAGUGGGAAGGGGACCGGGGAGCAGGCAGCUGCGUGGGGGUUGUGUGGGGCUUGCUGCUGCUGCUGCCGUUGUUGCUUGGGGAAGGCAAUGGGUUCCGGGCUCUCGUGAAGCUGGCAACUGGGUCCGCGCGGGCGGCCGUGUGUAUCUAUUGGAACUAGGCAUGGAGAGGGGUGUCGCUGCGCAGGUGCAGCAGCGUGCGGAGCCGUGAUGUCCGUGCUAGGGAGUCUCGAGGAGCGUGCGUGACGCCGCCAUGCGGAAGGGGUCGUACAAUGGGUAUGCAGAUGUGGCUUUGGCCUGGCUGUACGGUUUGUAAGGCGUUGUGGUGGAUUAAGUGCCCAUCGUGACCUGAUAGGCUGUGGUGGUCUGAUGUCCCGUGGGUCGUUUUGUGCAACGGAAGCUGUGGUUGCUAACCUCGCGGACCUGCCCCUGCGCUCACUGACUGAGGCUGCUGUCGCGAGUGCGCCUAAGUGGAUGGGCACUGACGGGAGGGUGGGCUGCCGGGCUGCGUGGGUCUUUGGGGGCGCUGAUGUGAACGGGAGCAGCUGCUGCAGCGGGGCGGAUGUGAAAGGUGUGAUUGCAUGGUUGACAGACCCCAUGUGGAAGGUAGAGAGAGACGAGGUGCAAAGGUCGCCCCGUUCUUGCGGCACUUCGACCGCUCCUCCCAUCACCACGCACAUCGUACCAUGCAACCGGCGGAACAGAAAGCAGCACAAUCCUUGCUUAGAUACUUUACAGGCACGUAGUAUUGGGACAAGCAAGCGGUGUGCCCAGGUGCCUAACCAGCAGCCGCAUGGCCUGCUCCAACGCUUACUUAACACAUGCCACUGCCGUACAGAAGACCAUUAGGGUACGGCACCAUUAGUCGAC